AUGGACCCCCGCAAAGUGAGCGAGCUUCGGGCCUUCAUGAAAAUAUGUAAGCAGGAUCCGAGCGUUCUGCACACCGAGGAAACGCGCUUCCUACGGGAGUGGAUGGAGAGCAUUGGGGGUAAAAUACCACCUACCGCUCAUAAAACUAAAUCAGAAGACACUAUCAAGGAGGAAAAAACAGAUAGUAAGAAGGCGGAGGAAAACAUAAAGACAGACGAACCAUCAAGUGAGGAACGUGAUCUAGAAAUUGACAACGAAAGUGUGAUUGAACCAGAUACUGAUGCCCCUCAAGAAAUGGGAGAUGAAAAUGUAGAGAUAACCAAGGAAAUGAUGGAUCAGGCAAAUGAUAAAAAAGUGGCUGUCAUUGAUGCCCUAAAUGAUGGUGAACUAAAAAGCCCCCUUGACUUGUUCACAGAUGCCAUCAAACUGAAUCCUCGCUUGGCCAGUCUGUCUGCCGAGAGAGCCAGUGUCUUCAUCAAAUUACAGAAGCCAAAUGCUGCCAUUCGAGACUGUGACAGAACUAUUGAAAUAAAUCCUGAUUCAGCUCAGCCUUAUAAGUGGCGAGGGAAAGCACGCAGACUUCUGGGCCGUUGGGAAGAAGCGGCGCAUGAUCUUGCCCUUGCUUGUAAACUGGAUUACGAUGAAGAUGCUAGUGCAGUGCUGAAAGAAGUUCAACCGAGGGCCCAGAAAAUUGCUGAACAUCAGAGAAAGUAUGAGCGAAAACAUGAAGAGCGAGAGAUCAAAGAAAGAAUAGAAAGGGUUGGGGUUAAGAAGGCUCGGGAAGAACAUGAGAGAGCCCAAAGGGAGGAAGAAGCCAGACGACAAUCAGGAGCUCAGUAUGGCUCUUUCCCAGGUGGCUUUCCUGGGGGAAUGCCUGGUAAUUUUCCUGGAGGAAUGCCUGGGCUCAAUGAAAUUCUUAGUGAUCCAGAGGUUCUCGCAGCCAUGCAGGAUCCCGAAGUUAGGGUGGCCUUCCAGGAUGUGGCCCAGAACCCAGCGAAUAUGUCAAAAUAUCAGAGCAAUCCAAAGGUUAUGAAUCUCAUCAGUAAAUUGUCAGCCAAAUUUGGAGGUCAAGCAUAA